ACACAUGGUUUCUACUCUCUGCUGGUAAAAGGAAUUUGAAAAGUUGCUUUCGUUGGUGUUCAGUAAUAGAGCAAGAAUGCCCAACAAGCCCAAAAUUCUCAGGCCGGAGGAGAGGUAAGUAACCAGAGUAUGUGAAUAUUUAUACUAAUACUGAACUACACUAAUACUGAAAAAUUGCUUCAAGUAGUGAUAACUGUUGUAAAGAAAACAUAACUGGUUCCACACUAAGUUAAUAAGAGUAACUUCUGUGUUUUUACAGCCAACCAGCACGUGCACUUUGGUUUGACAGAAAAAAAUACGUCACCCUUAAUUUUUUAGUUCAGAGACCCAAAGAUGUCCAGGUGGAUAUCCAGCCAGACAAAAUUAUCUUAUGGUGAGUUUAAAGCCAAGUUUGCUUCUACAUAAAGUUUGCUCCUUAUCUCAUAUGAUAUAAAAAAUGGAAGAUAUGCGCAUGGAAGUUAUUGUUUUUGGACUGUCCUUCUGCUAACCCUCUCCUGUCUUCAAAACAGCUGCAAAAAUGAAACAGAUGAUGUUUUCUACAAUGAGAUACACUUCUAUGACACUAUUGAAAUCCAUGUAAGUACCCCAUUAGAAUUAAAUGUAUGUAUCAAAUGUAAAAUCAGUGGGAUGAUGAAUAAAAGUUUUAUCCUUUACACUCCUUAAAGGACUCCAGAGAGAGAGUGUAUGACCGUACCAUUCAUGUGUUAUUGAGGAAAGUGAAGCCGGAUUACGCAUGGCCUCGUCUGCAGAAGGAUGAAGCCAGGGUAAACCCAAUUUAAUGUGUUUCCACCACAUGGAUUUUUUUACAUGAUAUGUGAUCUAAAUUUUCUUUGUUGUCUGAGGUUAAAAAUGUUUCUUUACCUUGGAAAUGUGCUAAGCUGCAAUAAAUAUUUGUAUUCUUAUUCCAUGACCAAGGAAGCAGAUGUUAGUGAAAUGAUGAUAUUUCAGACAGUAUCAAAAGCCUGUUUUUGUGCAGCUAUCAAGCAAGCUGCUGUUCAUCAGAAUAACUUUCUUAGCUGUAUAAUGUUCAUUUUGUGUCUCUGACUUUUUGCAGCCCAGUUGGAUUUCUGUUGACUUUGAUAACUGGAGGGACUGGGAACAUGAAGAAGACGAGGGAAAGGAAGAGUUCGACAGAUAUGCGGAUGUGAGUGCAACAAUAUAUUUAUCACUGAGAGCAAGUUAAUCCUGAUAAGCAGGUCAAUAUUGAUGAAGUUCAAGAGUAGAGGACACUGUUAUUUGUACAUAACAGCAUCUGUUUCAUCUUUGAGUGUUUGGAAUCAGGCAGGUGAGUUCAAGACAGUAUUUAAAUGUUUGAUUUCCUUUUGCAGAUGCUCCAAGAAAUGUCCUCCAGUAACAAAGGUGCUGCGCCAGAUAUGGGAGAUCUUAGUGAUGUAAGUGAAGAGUUGGGGUUGUUUGAGACCAGUUGAAUAUGUCCUGACAAACAGUGGACUUUCAGCACACGUCAUCAAACAUUCAAAUUUUAUUUCACGAUUAUAUGAUGUUGUUGACCCUGUUUUCCUCUCUUCCCUUACAGUCUGACUGACACCCACAGCACCCUAUUUCUUGUGUUUGAAGCCUCUGUAAAAACUUGAUUGCUUUGUAAUGCUCUGUAACAAAGUGUAAUGAUUGCUGGAACUCAUCUUAUUUGCUGAAAAUGUAUGGUGUUAUUGAUCAAAAUACUGUUUACACAUAUUUUCUUAGGGAUUAGUUAUUGAAACUUUUUAUCCAC